AUGCAGAAUAAGAAAAUGAACGUCGAAGUGCGCACAGAGCGUGUGCACAAGACAAUGGCGAUGUUAACGGAGCGUUACCGCAACUCAGACAAGGAACCCAUACAUUUCCAAAUCCUCAAAGUACAAAGGUACCAAGCACUUAAGUACUAUGGACUGCAACCAGUGGUGAACACCCUAAUCAAGGGAGAUAAGCAACCAGAUGGGAGUGAAGGGCACUUGUCAGAUAUAGUAGCACCCAAGUUUCAUACCAUGACUGAGCCACACAUAAGAACGGCGGCUGUGACACAAGCAGAGCGUAUGUUGAGGGAGCAGGUGCGAGCAUUAAACAACAAACGUAACAACGCACAGACAACCACACCAGAAGAGGCACUGAGUUUUGGAAUUAGGAUUGGAACAUUUCUGAUAUUAGAGUCAUCAGAAAUAUUAGCGGUAUAG